CUGCUAUUUUACCUAUUUUAUUUGUUAUUGUAUCAUUAAUAAUAGAACAUCAAAUACCUAAACCAGAAGAUAGUCCACCAUUAUUAAUGUCAUUGGAUCGAUAUCAAAAAACACAUGUACCUUAUACAUAUGAUCGAAAUCAAACAUUAUCAAUUGAUUUUAUUCGUUCAUAUGAAUAUACUCUUAGAGAAUCAACUAAACCAGUAACAUUAAUUGAUUUAACAACAAAUGAUACACGACCAUGUCAAAAUGGAACAUCAACUAAAAUUCUAUCAUAUUUAUCUUGUAUAGGUCAACGAAGUUUAGUUGAAUUAUCUGAUCAAUAUUUAAUUGGAUCAAACGUUACAGUUGAUCAAUCAAAAGAAUUAUUAAAUAUAAC